AUGAAACUUGACGAUUAUUCAAUGGCAAAACUAUGGGACCUUAUGACUAUGAUAUUCAAAUGGCAACUAGCUGUAGCAACAAAUAUAAACAUUUUUGACAUAAGCCGCCGACAUUUAAAAAGUGUGGCCAUGGUUAUGCCUCCCUAUUUCCCGAAAUGUAUGAUUGAACAAACUAUGCGAAGAUUUGAAUCUUUGGCACAAAAAUUCACUGAUGACGAUUACAAGUCUUUAAACAAUACUUUAGUUUUGUGGUUAUCUGAAUAUCAUACAAAAAUAUCGGUACUACUCCGACUUGGACUUCAGAAGAAAGAUGGAACGUUCUGUUUACCAGCCACAAUAAAUUCGAGAAUACUACAAGGCUUAGGAGAAAAUAUUUAUGUAUAUGACCAGAAAAAAAAUCCAGUAGACGAAUAUGAAAAUCGUUGCGCUGAUACCAGCGAGAUAAGCUGCCUUCUUGGAUCUAUAGACCAAACACCGGCAAAACAAAAUAAAAUUUAUUUGCCCAUUGAGUUUGGCAAAAAAAAAGCUAAAACAAUGAUAGAAAUAUCUAGGGAUACACACUUUAAGAACAUUAGCACUAAUGUCAAAGUAAGGAACACAGAUUUGACUUUUAUGCCGGAAAUUCCAAAAUCCGCACAAGAAGAUCUUUUGGAAAUGUUGCAAAGUAUAGAAUGA